UUCUAUGCUGCAGAACCAACCUGAAAGGCACUAUGGAGUUACCUCUCCAAUUAGCUUGGCUCCUCCUAAGGAUAUAGAUUAUAUUCAUACUCAGAAGUUAGUUGAGGCAAUGAAGCCAUUUGGGGUGUUUGAAGAUGAAGAACAACUGAAUCACAGACUUGUUGUUCUUGCUAAACUGAAUAACUUAGUCAAAGAAUGGAUUUCAGAACUUGGUGAGAGCAAGAAUCUUCCCCCUUCAGUAGCAGGAAAUGUUGGUGGCAAAAUAUUUACAUUUGGUUCUUACAGACUUGGAGUACACACCAAAGGUGCUGACAUAGAUGCUCUUUGUGUUGCUCCUAGACAUGUGGAAAGAUCAGAUUUCUUUCAGUCGUUCUUCGAAAAGCUAAAGCACCAAGAGGAAAUAAAAAAUCUAAGAGCAGUUGAAGAUGCAUAUGUCCCAGUUGUCAAGUUUGAAUUUGAUGGCAUUGAGAUUGAUCUCGUGUUUGCAAGACUCUCUGUACAAACUCUGUCUGAUAAUCUUGAUCUUGGAGAUGACUCACGUCUGAGGAGUUUGGAUAUAAGAUGCAUACGGAGCUUAAAUGGCUGCAGAGUUACUGAUGAAAUACUACAUCUAGUGCCAAAUAAAGAGAAUUUUCGACUCACGCUCCGUGCAAUUAAACUGUGGGCAAAACGACGUGGAAUAUACUCCAAUAUGCUGGGAUUUCUUGGUGGAGUUUCCUGGGCUAUGCUAGUAGCAAGAACAUGUCAGCUCUAUCCAAAUGCUUUGGCUUCCACCCUUGUUAACAAGUUCUUCUUGGUUUUCUCAAAAUGGGAGUGGCCAAAACCUGUGUUGCUGAAACAACCUGAAGAGAGUGAUCUUAACUUACCUGUAUGGGACCCUAGGGUGAAUCCAGCUGACCGGUAUCAUGUAAUGCCUAUAAUCACACCAGCAUAUCCACAGCAGAACUCCACAUAUAAUGUAUCUACAUCAACAAGAGCUGUAAUGGUGGAGGAGUUCAAACAUGGUCUUGCAGUUACAAAUGAGAUCCUUCAAGGGAAAUCAGACUGGCCAAAGCUCCUAGAGCCACCAAACUUCUUUCAGAAGUAUAAACACUAUAUUGUACUGACUGCUAGUGCCUUUACAGAAGAGCAUCACUUGGAGUGGGUUGGCCUUGUUGAAUCUAAAAUUCGUGUGCUGGUUGGAAACUUGGAGAGGAAUGAAUUUAUAAAUAUUGCACAUGUAAAUCCACAGUCUUUCCCUGGCAACAAAGAACACUGUAAACAGAGUGAAUAUGUGUCAAUGUGGUUUCUUGGAAUCAUAUUUAGGAAAGUGGAAAAUGCAGAAAGUGUUAACAUUGAUUUAACAUAUGAUAUACAGUCAUUCACAGAUACAGUUUACAGGCAGGCUAGCAACCUCAACAUGCUGAAAGAAGGUAUGAAGAUUGAGGCAGCUCAUGUGAAGAGAAAGCAGCUCCACUAUUUUUUGCCUGCAGAAAUCUUACAGAAGAAAAAGAAGCAAAGCAUGCCAGAUAUUAGUCACAGUGCUAGUGGACUUCAGUCCACAAGGGCCUCUUCAGAUGGAAGCUGUUUGGAGAGUUCCAGAGACGCGGACUCCAGAACACCAUAUAAUUUCCCUUCGUUAAAUAGGAUAUCUAAAUUGGACACCUCUGCAGCAGAAAUAGAAAGAAAUGCUGGAAUUCAAAGAGCCUCUGGGGCUAGCAGUAGGGAGAAGAUGCUUAACGUAGCCGUCCCAUCAGUGUCUAAGGGACUGUCUAUUCCAGUAAUUGGUUCAAAAAUGGAGGCUAGGGUUACCAUAAGAACAUCAGGACCUCCUUGCAUCGGUUGCACCAUUCCUACAGUAGUAGGACACGGCACAAUUUCUCGGCUUAGAACACAUCUUGCCCAAGGACAAGAGCUACAGGGGACUCCAGCUGCAAUUUCUAAAAAUGCUGCACCUAAACGACCUCACUCGCCUGCCUCAGAAGAAUGCCCUAAAAGACUGAAAGACAAAGAAAAGUUAAUUGUCCAAGUUCCAGCAUUCAAAGAUGGUGGCAAUCCAGGAGACGUAAAGAGAAAAUCUACAGAAAAUGAUGGCCUUGAAAGAAAAUCGAUGCCUGUUCCAGUUAUUGACACAUCAAGGUCACAGAGGCUUUCCAGUAAAGAGUUACCAGAUUCCUCGUCACCUGUUCCAACAAAUAAUAUUCGUAUUAUUAAAAGAUCCAUCCGACUGACCCUUAACCGGUAACUAAAGUGUCU